AUGGAGUUCAGGGCUUUGAUUCUGUCGACCCUUCUGGGUCUUUUCUUCGUGGGGUCAGGGUUUGGACAGAGAGGGGACAUGGAUAUAGGUGAGUGGCUGAAAGACAAAGUGAAGUUAAUAAAGGACUUGGAGGACAAACUUACACAUGUAGAGAAACAGCUGGAUGAUGUUGAAGACAUGGAGGCCAAGCUCAACGCCACUGUGGACGAGCUGAAGAGACAGAAAGCUGAAGUGGACGGACUGCAGAAAGAGAAUAAUGCCCUGAAAAAAAGGCUUAAUGCCACAGAAGAGGAGAUCGAUAAGCUGAAACAGAAUAGCGAUAAAGGUGCUCCUCAGAUCGCGUUCUCAACCUCUUUGGCAAAUUUUGGCGAGAUUUACAAAGGCCCCUGCACGGACAAGGCCCUGAUUUACAAAAGAGUUUUCUCAAACACUGGCAACGGAUACGACCAAAAUACAGGAAUCUUCACAGCACCUCUGAAUGGCCUCUACUUCUUCAGCUUCACUACCUAUGGCUACAACACUCACUUCAUGGGAGCCAUUUUAAUGAAAAACAGCAAACGUCAGAUUUCUACCUACGAUCAGCCUUCAGUUGAUGGUUCAGACAGCAGCAGUAACUCUGUCAUUCUGCAGCUGGCUGCUGGUGAUAAAGUGUACAUGGAACUGUGGGAUAACGGCAGAGUGUUUGACAACCUGAAUGGACACACAACCUUCAGCGGUUUCCUUGUCUUCCCCCUGUAA